ACGAGGGGGUGAUUGGCCAGCACCACGCCCGGCCGCCUUUGUCUCCCUAGCGGCGAUGUUUACACACUGCACCAGGUGCUCAUUUGAGGCUGAGUUGACCUAAAAGAGUUCCAGGACCGGUCGUCAUUUGUGUUGGCCUUUGAGGAGGAAUCGGACUUGGGUCGAUGAAUUCUUAGCGCUAUCACUUGUACACGUGCAGUAUCUAGUUUAAUGUUGCUAUGUCGGGUGGUGGAGGGCCUCGAUGACACGAAUUUGGUGAGAUGAUUACGCGGCUUCACCCAAACUUGCAUUGUGAAUCCGAGUUGUUGUUUGUCCAACCCCAAUCGCACUGUGAAUCCGCGCCGCGUGUGGUGUUCGUGGUGAUAACCCCACUCCCACUCCCCUCCCGUCGUUUCACCAUCGGCAGCGCUUCUUUCACAAUCACGGGGGUCAGGGUAGCGAGGCGUCAGCUGCGUUGUGUGCAGCUGUGGGUGGUUCCUUGUGUAUCCCACGCUGACAACUCAAGCACCCGCACGCUGACAUUGGUGGCGAGAUGUUAACGAACCUCUCCUGGUAUACAGGAGAUUUUGGUGUUCGAUCCCGACCAUUGACGCCUGCUGUAUAUUUGGAGUUUGCGUGUAUCUCUCUCUCCCCGUGGUCGCGUGGAUUUUUAUCAGGGAUCUCUGAUUUUUUUCCCCUCUACAUUUGGAAUUAACGUCACGCGUUUUGAGUAUUUGGCUGCUAUACAUUUCCACGUGAUAAGCCACUUCGUUUAGCUAUCAUGUGUGGCUCGAUCGAUUAUGAAAAAGAGCUAACUAGUUCAGUGGGCCUUACCUGGUAAAGUAAAAAAUAAUAUUUACAAUUUUUUAGAUCCACACACGUCGGCACACGCAGUGGCGUCUCGACACACUCGCACGUUGACACAUUCACAGUGGCACACGCUGGCACAGACAACACUGCCAUAGAUAUGCCGGCAUAUUCACACACUCACUGGCACGGAUACACUGACACUCAGACACAUUCGCCUUUGUGUCUCCAGUGGUGACUCUUACACCUCGACGGGUAUUAAUUUAAGGCUGAGACGACCCAGCGGAAGUCCAGGACUGGUAAGUCGUGGCCGGGAGUCGAUCUUCGGUCGCCAGGUUUGUAACGCAACCGAUCUCCACACCCCGCUCCCCACAUACACAAACGGACACGUGCAUUGGCACUGACAAAGAUAAAGACAUCACCCGUGUAGCCUUGACAGACUGUUGGGUCAAGUGCUGUUAGCGAGCACUUUUGAAGGCCGACACGGCAUACGAGGGGGUGGGUGGCCAGCACCACGCCACACAGACACACAGACACACACAGACACACACACACUGCCUAGCUGAUACUCACUGGUACUGACACUGACGAACACACACACAGAUACACUGCCUAAAUGACAUUGGUGCUGACACACACUGACGCGCACCACAGCAGAAACUUCCGUGUACUCUGCGACUCUCCUCCUCCCCCCGUCUCCCUCGUCUCUCUCGUCUCUCCCUCUCGCGUCUCUCUACUCCACAGCUCCCUUCCGUGCCUGCCCCCGCCACUUCGACUCUGCGUGAGAGAGAAAAGCGAGGCCGCGGACGAGGUGUUGUCACGCGAUGGAGGAGAAGACAAGGACAAGAGUCUUUAAGAAGAACAGCCCUAACGGGAAGCUCACGGUUUACCUGGGCAAAAGGGACUUUGUGGAUCACCUGGAUCACGUGGACCCUGUGGACGGCGUUGUUCUGGUGGAGCCCGAUUACCUUAAGGAGAGAAAAGUGUUCGUGGCGCUGGCGUGCGUGUUCCGCUAUGGCCGUGAGGAUUUGGACGUCCUCGGUCUCUCCUUCAGGAAGGAGCUCUUCACACGCACCGCGCAGGUGUUCCCCCGAGAUGGUGGCGAGAACGGGGGCUCCCCACCAACACGUCUGCAGGAGCGUCUCCUCCGCAAGCUGGGAGAGAACGCUCACCCCUUCGUCUUCCACAUCCCCCAAGACCUGCCAUGCUCCGUUACGCUUCAGCCUGGGCCAGAGGACACAGGGAAGGCAUGUGGCGUGGACUACGAGGUGAAGGCGUUCUGUGCCAACAGCCCUGACGAAAAGCCGCACCACCGGAACUCGGUGUCGCUGGGCAUCAGGAAGGUUCAGUUUGCGCCGCUGCGCUCGGGGCCACAGCCGGUGGCCGAGACGCGGAGGCAGUUUCUGCUCUCAGACAAAGCGCUGCACCUGGAGGCCUCGCUCGACAAGCAGAUCUAUUACCACGGGGAACCAAUCAGCGUGAACGUUCGCGUGACCAACUCCUCCUCACGCUCCGUCAAGCGCAUCAAGGUGUCCGUGCGGCAGUGCGCAGACAUCUGUCUGUUCAGCACGGCUCAGUACCGGUGUCCCGUGGCGGCGGAAGAGGCAGAAGAGACGGUGGGGCCAGGUGCCACGCUGUGCCGGGAGUUCCGCCUGACUCCGCUCCUCGACAACAACCGCGACAAGCGCGGCCUGGCGCUCGACGGACAGCUACGCCAUGGCGACACCAACCUCGCCUCCUCCUCCAUAGUGAAGGAGGGAGUAAGCAAGGAGUUGCUGGGGAUCGUCGUCUCGUACCGUGUGAAGGUCAAGGUCGUGGUGGCACGCGGGGGGGAUGCCCUGGUGGAACUUCCCUUUACCCUGAUGCAUCCCAAACCUAAGGAGGAGGAGGGGAGGGGAAAGAAGAUCCCAGCUCCCCCGGAGGAAGUGCCUGUGGAAGUGCCUGUGGAGCCGAAUUCAAGGGACCUCAUGGAGUUUGACUCUCAUGACGAUGACUUUGUGUUUGAGGACUUCGCUCGCCAGCGCCUGGUGGGGAACACGGAAGACGGCUACACCUGCUAGGAGCCGACUCGUCUCGUCACGCACAUACACGUGUGUGCCGCGACCCUCCAUCACAUGCGUGUCCUGAGGCCCACCCUCCCCUCCCGCCGCAGUGCUGGCGUUCAUUCACGAUGCGAGGGCCUCGAGUCACACGCGUGAUUAUUCACGUGCCAGGCCCCCCGACACGUACACCUCGCCAUUGUUGUGAGUGCUGGGGAAUGCUCAGUGGUCAAGACUCCCCAAACCGCCAUUGGCACUUGGGGGUCACACGCAGCGGGGCGGUCCCCAAGGCGGUCAGCGGCACCCUUGAGCCGGUGGCAUCAGGAAUCCAUUUGUACUGACAGCUGGCGAUAACAUUGAGAUUUUGUGAUAAGAUUUGGUGAUGAUGAGAUCUGAUGAUGGGAUGAGAUCUGGUGAUAAGAUCUGGUGAUGAUGAGAUGAUGAGAUCUGAUGAUGGGAUAGACCGAGUGCAGACUGAAAAACGCCGGGUUUGGUCUAUGAAAAUGGUUGCAACAACUCACCCAAUCAUUCAAGACCCGCCCACUCACCUACUCACCCACCAAACCCACUCCUUCACCCAUUCACGGACUCAUUUACUCACAAACCCACUCAUUCACUUACCCUCUCAUUUACUCAUUCACGACUCACCCACCCACUCACCCACUCUUCCAGCUAAUGGCUCGCUCUUCCGGCGAUGUGACAACAGCACCAUCGCUCCCCAGAGCUGUGGUUCUACUCAUGAUUCGACGCUGCUGCUGCGGUGGAGGACUUGGUGUUCUGCACUCCUCGUACGGCUCCGCGCCUUUCCUUUUUUAGGCCCCGCCCCAUCCUAUUUAGGCCACACCCCUUCCCUGGGUCGUGGUGUGCGGAGGAGUGGGGCGGCUUCACGACCAUGAUCAGAAGAGGCGGCACGGUCAUAGAUGGGCACUCGUUUUGCCACUUUGACCCCACGGGGAUUCCGCUCUCCCCCACGGCUGCCGAUUGGGCAUUCACUUCUGUCAUUCAUUUCGGUCCGUCUCCUAUCAAUGCCCCCACGAUUCUCCACUGAAAUCCCCUCCCAUUCCUCUGGCAUCCGCGUAAUGCAACUGCGCACAAGAGCAUCGGCGGUCUAAUGCGCUCGACACACUUGGUGGGUCGUCAAGUAUAUCCACCGCACUCCCACAGUGAGGACUCGCUUAGCGAGACGCAGACCGCUUCGUCUCGCCCACAGCGUAUUCAACCACCACUGCGGGUCACAACAACAUACCCACCCACUUACACAUUCCACACUCACCCACCUCCUCACACAUCACCUACUCAUAGACCCACGCACACAACCACCCAUCCACGCAGCCACCUACUCGCCCACUCAAUCAACCACCCACUCACACAUCACCUAGCCACUCAACCACCCACCUACUCACAUCACCCACUCGACCCACGCACACAACCACCCAUCCACUCAGCCACCUACUCGCCCACUCACUCAACCACCCACUCACUCAACCACCCACUCACACAUCACCCACCCAUAUAUCAUCCACCCACGGACUCGACUACCCACUCACACACCACCCACCCACGGACUCGACUACCCACUCACACAUUACCCCAUCACUCAACCACCCACUCACACAUCACCCACCCACGGAUUCGACUACCCACUCACACAUUACCCCAUCACUCAACCACCCACUCACACAUCACCCACUCACGGACUCGACUACCCACUCACACAUUACCCCUUCACUCAACCAUCCACUCACACAUCACCCACCCACGGACUCGACUACCCACUCACACAUUACCCCAUCACUCAACCACCCACUCACACAUCACCCACCCACGGACUCGACUACCCACUCACACAUUACCCCAUCACUCAACCACCCACUCACACAUCACCCACUCACGGACUCGACUACCCACUCACACAUUACCCCAUCACUCAACCACCCACUCACACAUCACCCACCCACGGACUCGACUACCCACUCACACAUUACCCCAUCACUCAACCACCCACUCACACAUCACCCACUCACGGACUCGACUACCCACUCACACAUUACCCCUUCACUCAACCAUCCACUCACACAUCACCCACCCACGGACUCGACUACCCACUCACACAUCACCCCUUCACUCAACCAUCCACUCACGGACUCGACUACCCACUCACACAUUACCCCUUCACUCAACCAUCCACCCACGGACUCGACUACCCACUCACACAUUACCCCAUCACUCAACCACCCACUCACACAUCACCCACCCACGGACUCGACUACCCACUCACACAUCACCCCUUCACUCAACCAUCCACUCACGGACUCGACUACCCACUCACACAUCACCCCUUCACUCAACCAUCCACUCACGGACUCGACUACCCACUCACACAUCACCCCUUCACUCAACCAUCCACUCACGGACUCGACUACCCACUCACACAUCACCCCUUCACUCAACCAUCCACUCACGGACUCGACUACCCACUCACACAUCACCCCUUCACUCAACCAUCCACUCACGGACUCGACUACCCACUCACACAUCACCCCUUCACUCAACCAUCCACUCACACGUCACCCACCCACUCGCCACGCUGCAAGUCACUUUGCCUUCUCCCUCUGCUUCUUCCCUCGCUCUGCUCCACCAUGGAGUCCCCCUCCUCCCAGCAUCAUCAUCGUCUCUUCCCCCAGAGCUCGUAUAACGAUAACAUUGCUUAAGAAACACGUUCACUGUUAUCCGUUUACAACUUUGAAGAGUGCUGUUUGUUGCUGGCCCACUUGAUGCUUUGGGCCAGCGCUCGUCCACUGCGCUUCAAGGCCCUCACGUGAACCGAAUUCUCCGCCUCGUAAAUAAAACUGCGAGCACUU